AGAGAGAGAGACCGUCCAUCUGCUGGGUCACUCCCCAGAUGCCUGCAACAGCCAGGGCUGGGCUGGGCCCAAGGCAGGUGUGGACGUCCCAGGCUGGGCCUUGACCACAGCGCCUGCCCGACCUUGGCCGUUCUGUAACCUGAGGGACUUCCCACGUUUGUUUACGGAGGUCCUGGCUUGGAAAGCCCCCAGGUUUCCUUAGAUGACAGACAUUCCAUUUCCGGCCUGAAGCUCGCCUGUGGAAACCUUGGCCAUGGCAUCGGUAUCAGAACCUGUUAUAUUCCGAGAAUUCUGCCCAUUGUACUCUCUCCUCAAUGCCAUUCCCACCAAGAUCCAGAAGGGCUUCCGUUCAGUCGUGGUCUACCUCACAGCCCUCGACACCAACGGGGACUACAUCGCGGUGGGCAGCAGCAUCGGCAUGCUGUACCUGUACUGCCGGCACUUCAACCAGAUGAGAAAGUACAACUUCGAGGGGAAAACAGAGUCCAUCACUGUGGUGAAGCUGCUGAGCUGCUUUGAUGACCUUGUGGCAGCAGGCACCGCUUCUGGGAGGGUUGCGGUUUUUCAACUUGUCUCUUCCCUGCCAGGGAGAAACAAACAGCUUCGAAGAUUUGAUGUCAGUGGUAUUCACAAAAAUAGCAUUACAGCCCUGGCUUGGAGCCCCAAUGGAAUGAAACUGUUCUCUGGAGAUGACAGAGGGAAAAUUGUCUAUUCUUCUCUGGAUCUAGACCAGGGAGUCUGUAACUCCCACUUGGUGUUAGAAGAGCCGUCUUCCAUUGUGCAGCUGGAUUAUAGCCAGAAAGUGCUGCUCGUCUCUACCUUGCAAAGAAGUCUGCUUUUUUAUACUGAGGAGAAGUCUGUCAAGCAGAUUGGAACACAACCAAGGAAAAGUACUGGGAAAUUUGGUGCUUGUUUUAUACCAGGACUCUGUAAGCAAAGCGAUCUAACCUUGUACGCCUCAAGACCUGGGCUCCGGCUGUGGAAGGCUGACGUCCAUGGAACCGUUCAAGCCACAUUUAUCCUAAAAGAUGUUUUUGCUGGAGGUGUGAAGCCUUUUGAACUGUACCCUCGCCUGGAGCCCUCCCACAGGGGAAGUUGCAGCGUGUCUGAGAAACACCUGGGCCUUGUUUCCUGUUUCUUUCAGGAAGGCUGGGUGUUGAGUUGGAAUGAAUACAGCAUCUAUCUCCUGGACACCGUCAACCAGGCUACAAUUGCUGGUUUGGAAGGAUCAGGUGAUAUUGUGUCUGUUUCCUGCACAGAAAAUGAAAUAUUUUUCUUAAAGGGAGAUAGGAACAUUAUAAGGAUUUCAAGCAAGCCUGAAGGACUAGCAUCAAUAGUGAGAGACGGCCUGGACACAUCCGGAUGCUCAGAGCGAGCACAAGCGCAGCAUGUGGAGAAGCCAGCAGGGGCCACCACGUCUGAGCCAAGGCUCAGGGGCUCUUCUGUGGCCAGCUCGGCAGCCAGCGAGCCCCGGAGCAGAAGCAGUUCUCUCAACUCCACCGACAGUGGCUCCGGGCUCCACACAGCUGAGCUGGGAAAGGGCAGCCAGCCCUCCUCACAGAGAUUCAGUGUCAUCAGCUCGGAAGACUUUGACCAGGAGCUUGUUGUGAAACCUAUCAAGGUGAAAAAGAAGAGGAGGAGGAAGAAGACAGAAGGAGGAACCAGAAGCACCCAUCACAGUUCACUGGAAUCAACUCCCUGCUCUGAGUUUCCUGCUGACAGCCCCCAGUCCUUGAACACAGACCUGCUGUCCAUGAGCCCCAGUGUCCUGGGCAGCAGUGUGGACCCACUGAGCACAGACUCUCCUGACCAGGAAAGCAGCCUCAGUGGUGAGGUGAACGGGGUCCUACGGGAGAAUAAUGACCCUGAAGCAUUUAGCAUCUUGGAGGUACCUGAAACUGCCCCUGAUUUCCUGGCUGAACAAAAUGAUGUUAGAGCCAACAUUCCACAGUGUGACCGCAUCCAUGAGGUGGAGGCACUCAAUGGAGGGUUGGAUUUACCUCUGCUCUCGAGGGAAGAUAUGGAAGGUAGUGACGUCACGGGGCUCGGAGAGGAGCCUCUUCCCAUGGAUGAUGAACUGAACAGUGAGCACUUAUCUUUCCAAGAACAAAAUGGCCCUGCUGAGGCACUUAUCCUAGAACCCCAUGCAUCCCAAGGCACUUUCUCUGAAGCCCCACUCCCAGGACCACUCAUGGAGCCGUCUAGCCUCUUUGGGAGCCCAGGUGCCGAGCAGGGGCUGCCUGCAACAAGGGUUGAUGAAGGCAGCACCAAGGAGCCUGGCAAAGAGCAGGACACCCUGAGCAACACUGGGGCCCCUUGCCACCUCGGCUCAAGUCCCUGGCAUGCUGUCGUGGAGGACGACACGGGUCAGAAAGAAACAUCCACGUCAGGAUGUGACGUAGGGAGCAUGCGUGGACAACUGCCUCCUGUGGUCUCUGCCUUGGUGGCCAGUACCCACAAGCCUUGGCUUGAGCAACCUUCACAGGAUCAAGCGCUGAUGUCCAGUGAUGAGGAGGACAUCUACGCCCACGGGCUCCCCUCUUCCUCCUCAGAGACGAGUGUGACCGAGCUUGGAGCUAGUCAUUCCUUGCAAGACCUGAGCCAGCCAGGAGUGGAUGCCACCGGACUGCUCAAGUCAGAUCAGUUUGCAGAGAGCUGGAUGGGCUACUCUGGGCCUGGCUACGGCAUCCUCAGCUUGGCGGUCUCCGAGAAGUAUAUUUGGUGCCUGGACUACAAAGGCGGCCUGUUCUGCAGCGCGUUGCCGGGGGCCGGGUUGCGCUGGCAGAAGUUUGAAGAUGCUGUCCAGCAGGUGGCGGUCUCCCCUUCAGGAGCCCUUCUCUGGAAGAUUGAACAGAAAUCUAACCGAGCUUUUGCAUGUGGAAAAGUGACCAUCAAGGGGAAGCGGCACUGGUAUGAAGCCCUGCCCCAGGCAGUGUUUGUGGCCCUGAGUGAUGACACAGCGUGGAUCAUCAGGACGAAUGGAGAUCUGUACCUGCAGACAGGUCUCAGCGUGGAUCGACCCUGUGCCCGCGCUGUCAGGGUCGACUGUCCAUACCCACUGGCCCAGGUCACAGCUCGCAACAGCGUGGUGUGGGCGCUGACGGAGCAGCGGGCCCUCCUGUACCGAGAAGGCGUGAGCAGCUUCUGUCCGGAAGGGGAGCAGUGGACGUGUGACAUCAUCAGUGAAAGACAAGCUUUGGAACCUGUGUGCAUAACUCUGGGGGAUCAGCAGACCCUCUGGGCCCUGGACACCCAUGGAAAGCUGUGGUUCAGAACCGGCAUCACAGCCAAGAGGCCCCAAGGAGAUGAUGACCAUUGGUGGCAGGUGAGCAUCACAGACUAUGUGGUGUUCGACCAGUGCAGCUUAUUCCAGACCAUCAUCCACGCCACACACUCGGUGGCCACGGUGGCCCAAGCACCUGUAGAAAAGGUGGCAGAUAAACUGCGCAUGGCGUUUUGGUCUCAGCAGCUGCAGUGCCAGCCAAGCCUGCUGGGGGUCAACAACAGUGGUGUCUGGAUCUCCUCAGGCAAGAAUGAAUUCCACGUCGCCAAAGGCAGUCUCAUAGGCACUUACUGGAAGAAUGUUGUUCCCCGCGGGACAGCCUCUGCAACAAAGUGGGCCUUUGUGCUGGCGUCUGCUGCUCCCACCAAGGAAGGAAGCUCCCUGUGGCUGUGCCAGAGCAGCAAGGACCUGUGCAGCAUCAGCACCCAGAGCGCCCAGUGCCGCCCUUCCACGGUGCAGCUGCCCCCUGACGCCGAGAUGAGAGCCUACGCCGCCUGCCAGGAUGCACUGUGGGCCUUGGACAGCCUUGGCCAGGUCUUUAUCAGGACUCUCUCCAAGAGCUGCCCCACAGGCAUGCACUGGACAAGGCUGGACCUUUCCCAGCUAGGGGCUGUAAAACUGACAAGCCUGGCGUGUGGAAAUCAACACAUCUGGGCGUGUGAUUCCAGGGGCGGGGUCUACUUCCGCGUAGGAACCCAGCCUCUCAAUCCCAGUCUGAUGCUUCCGGCCUGGAUCAUGAUCGAGCCCCCUGUCCAGCCUGCUGGGGUCACCCUGGUCAGCGUCCAUUCCAGCCCCAACGACCAGAUGCUGUGGGCGCUCGACAGCCGAUGGAACGUGCACGUCCGUGUGGGUAUCACCGAGGAGAUGCCCGUGGGCACCGACUGGGAGCACGUGCCAGGGCUGCAGGCCUGUCAGCUGGCCCUGAGCACCAGGACCGUGUGGGCCCGCUGUCCAAACGGCGACCUUGCCCGGCGCUACGGCAUCACAGACAAAAACCCCGCUGGAGACUACUGGAAGAAAAUCCCCGGAAACAUGGCGUGUGUCACAGUGACCUCGUCAGAUGAGCUCUGGGCCGUGGGGCCCCCCGGCUGCCUCCUGCAGCGGCUGACGAAGACAUUCAGCCACUCGCACGGCGCCCAGAAGAGCGGGCAGGCGGCUGCCCCCCACCCCGAGGAGCUGGAGGAGGAGUGGGAGGUCAUCUGAGAGCCCAGGCCACGGGCGCACACUGUGGAUGGACGCGUCUCCUCGACUGCUGUCAGCGUCCGGCCGGGCUGGGCAGCCCACGCUCCCUUUCAUCCACGUUGGUCUCCGUCUCCUUCCAGAGCCCACAGCCUCGGCCGAGCGCCCAGAGCUGUGGGUGAGCACAGCGCCUUUGACCUCUUGCUGGUCGUCUCCGAGCGGGCAGUGGCUGCCGCCCGGUUGCAUGCACUCCCGUUCUCAUCAGCACGUCCGGGUCCCUCCGUGGAAGACAGUGAGUCGGCCCAGAGCGCGCACAUCCCGUGAGCAGCCCCGGGUCAGAGCACUUGGGGACCAGGUCCCCCCUGCCCUCCUGGUCUGUGCGACACGCAGCAGGCGGGGUGGGGAGCUCAGGCGUGCACACGCGCACACACACAUGCACACGCCAUGCCCCACCCUUGCUGCCCACCCCAGGCGGCCGCUGCCCUCCAGGACACACUUCAGCCACAGGUAGGCCAGUGGAUGCUGAUGGGACACGGAAGUGUGCGUGUGUGCCCACCGGGGUCCACAGGAGCUCAGCCGACGGAGCUGCCCCGGAGCCUGGGAUGUUUGACGCACCCUCAGAGGAUGCAUCCACUGACUGUUGCCUUGCUGGUUGUAUUACAAACCUUCACGAGAUACCUCAUUUGGAAUCGGAGCUUACGGACUUAGAGGAGAAACGUAUCUGCUGGAAGCUGUGGGCCUCCUGCCUGCCACGUCUCGCCGGGAUGGAUAGUGAGCCCGUCCUGUCCUCUGCUGCGGCUUUGGAGCGUGCCCGUGCCCACGCACCCCCGGCUCGCUGGGCCGUGCCGCCAGCUCCGAGGGCCGCCCAGCGCCUGCCGCGGGCUCUCGGGCGACACCUGAGCAGCCUGACCCCAGUGCCUGCCCCGGCUCCGCAUCUGAGCUGCAGGACUGGCCCGGGCCCCGCCUGAGCCACUGCCCUUCCCACAGAGCCCUCCCUGGCAGGCCCGGCUCAGUGCCCGUGUCCUGCUGUCAGGGAGCCCUGGCACAGGCGGAGGGCGGUGGCAUGUGUUCAGACAGGCUGCCCGCGCCCAGGUGGCACCACACUUUUGUAGAAUCCUUUUUAAGUCUGGUGACGGCAGAGGCUGCCGCAGCGCAGGCUGCGCCUCUCCUGCACGCGUUGUGCCUUGCCCGGCUCCUCGAGAUGGCAAAGCUCUCCUCCGCCCCGGGACCCCAGUGCAAUGCUACCCAAGCGUAGUGGAUCUUUCGAACAGCUGUCAGCUUCAGUGCUUUGUAUCAUUUCUAAUGUUUAGUUGUGCUUUGAGACAGUGCAAUAAACUAGACUUUUUCCAAUCUGGGUCAG